CAACAGCUUAUAGUUUUAAAUUUAGUGAGCUAAAUAAGUUUAUGCAAAUAUAUUCAUUUGACACAGGGAUGCACAGCUAACAGACAGCGAAGGAGAAAAGAAUGCCGAGGAAUCACUAUGUGAUGACCAUUCAAUGCAGCAGUGUCCACUACCAUUUCCAUACUCUCUGCCGCCAGUAGUUGUCAGCCCUAGGGUGUCCCCAAGUAGCAGCUAUCGACAAAGUACUAUUUCACCUUUGCCUUCACAUCUCCAACACUCAUUCUCAGGUUUUCAUCCUACCAGCAUAGGGACCCACAACCCCUUGGAAGUUUCAGCUCAACUAGAGAAACUUGGGACAGCAGCAACUGUCUUUUCUGGAAGAGAUGAGAGAUGAUAUAAAAGAUGUGAAAAGGAGGCUUCAAGGAUGGAGAAACAACACCAGGAAAAGGAGGUGACAGGAGGAAAACUGCCAGAGGGGUUCCAGUUUCCCUUACAAUCUUCAGAGGAUGUUGACCAUCUGGAGUGGGAUUGGAAGACUGACCCUGGAAAACGGACACACUUGGAAUGCCAUUUGACGAUGGGUGGAAUAUUCACUUUAAAGCAUGUGGUGAGGAGCAUACUAUCUGUGCUAUUGUCAACUGACUCAGCCCGGUGUUACAACUUCAAUGGUCUGAAAGAGAAGAAGGGACUCAAGAACCACUCCUUUAUUUUACAAACAGUUCAGGAUGCUGCAAGAAAAAGUUAUCCUGAAGCUACAGCUGCUGACCUGCAGGUGUAUACAUCAAUUUGGUUAGCUGGUGCUCGGGAUCGAGAGAAUAGCAGAAGGGAAGGGCCUGAGCACAGCCUGUACAAAAAACGAUGUGAAGCAGAAAAUGCGUUCACUAAGAACGUCUUUUCUGCAGCAGCUGUGUGCAUACAACGCCCGCUGUAAAAGCGGGGCGUCUGCACUUGAUGUGGCAGAGCCUACAUGGCGUUUUUGGAAAGCGCUAAAUUUUCUGAGACCCUUUA